AUGGCUACCUGGUUACCCACAUACCAGACGUUGACUACAGUGCAAGAGUUUCGGAAAGCGGUAAAUAACCAUUUCUCUAAGCAAAUCAAUGAAGGUCAAGAGUAUGAUGCACGUGACAUAAAACGUUUUGACGAUGUCGAUGAUUACGCCCGCAUGUUCAUCCAACAUUUGCAGUAUGGUAAAACAUUCGAUGAACAGAAAGCAUUUCGUAUUUUUCAUGAAACAAUGACAUGGCGAAAACAAAACAAAGUUUACGAUAUUUCAACUGAUCUAUUUCCAGCGAACUACUUCGAUCGACAUGCUAUCUAUUUUCAAAAUCAUGAUAUGAAUAACAUACCAUUAUUACAUUAUGUUAUUCGCGUCUUCCACAAAGGACAAGAAGAUAACGAAGCAGUGAAACGUUUCAUUACGUAUAACUUCGAAGAACAUAUACGAACUCAUCCUGGUCAACGUAUUGUUAUUCUAUUCGAUUUACGAGAAACAGGUCUUAGCCAUCUAGAUUAUGAUCUCAUCAAGUUUGUUGUAAAUAGUUUAAUGCACUACUAUCCUGGUUUACUCGCAUAUAUGCUUGUUUAUAAACAACCGUUUAUUCUACAAGGUGAGACAAAUACUGUUUGCACAAUUAUCCACAAAACAAGCCUUGUUUUUUAUAACACAUCUCACUGUUAUUUUUUACAUUUUACUUCGCUCAUGGCGUCAUCGAUUCCCACAUUUCAACACUUGAUAUCAGUUAAUCGAUUCCGAGAAUUAGUAAAUAAACAUUUCGAAAAGCAAAUUGAUGAAGGUCAAUUAUAUGAUCCACGUGAUCUCCAACGUUUCAAUGAAAUCGAUGAGUACACAAUGAUGUUCAUUCGUCAUGGCCAGUUCGGAGCAACUUUUGAUGAAGAUCGAGCCAUGAGCGUGUUUAACGCUUCGCUGAGUUGGAGAAAAGAGCACCAUGUUUAUGACAUCUCACCAGAGGAGUUUCCUGCCAAUUAUUUUGAUCGCAAUGCAAUCUAUUUUAAAAAUCAUGACAUGAACAACAACCCUCUACUUCACUUUGUUGUGCGAACAUUUAACAAAGGUCAAGAGGAUAACGAAGCAGUCAAACGCUUUAUCACAUAUAAUUUCGAAAGACACAUACGUCGUCACCCUGGCCAAACCAUUGUGAUUCUAUUUGAUAUGAGUGAAACUGGUCUUAAACAUUUAGAUUAUGAUUUGGUGAAAUUUGUCAUUGGCUGUGGACAAAUUUAUUAUCCCGGUUUAUUAGCCUAUAUGCUUAUCUUCAAAAUGCCAUUUAUCUUGACAGCGGCGUGGAAAAUAAUUCGUUCCUGGCUGCCUACUGAAGCAGAACAAUUUAUUAAAUUCGUUGAUGCUAAGUCAAUCACGCAGUACGUGCCAACUGAUCAAUUGUCAACAUCGAUGGGCGGUACUUGUCUUAUCUAUUUAACCAUGUCACACAAAACUCUCAAUCUUAAUGAUGAUGCUACAAAUUACGUUCAUAUUCAUGACCCAAUCAACGACGCUGUAGAAGACUCAAUGAAUGCAAAUUCGAAGAAAAAAGUGACGUUUGCAGAUACUGGCUUGCUUGAUUUACCCCUUUCAUCGGAAACACUCUCGAAUACAGUAAAUCAUCUUCCUAAAGUGGAAUUAUCACCAAUGGAAGAUCCAUUAACUCCUGAAGAACCGGCUUAUUCUCUUAUCACAACCGAAGCAUCUCUGUCAACUGUUCGAAAAUCAAUUCUACAAAAACCUUCGACAGUUAAUGGAUUUGUUGGCGAAGAAAAAGUUUUCCAUGGACUUGCCAUUAGACCACAUGAUGAGUUGAUUUUCGAAAGAAUAGAUCCUCCUCCACAUGGAACCGCCGAUUGUAUUCAAACAAUAAUGUUAACUAAUACGGGUGAUAAGCUCUUAACGUUCAAAAUCAAGACAACCUCACCAGAUAAGUUCCGUGUGAAACCCGGAUGUAGUCUUCUCCAUCCUGGUGAAACAGCAACAAUUAACGUUUACUUGUUGAAAGCUUAUUGUACAUUAUCGAGCGAUAUCAAUAAAGAGAAAUUUUUAAUUAUCUGGACAUUGAUCAGUCAAGAAUUCAAACAAGCACAAUUGGUUGAAUUCUGGAAGCAUGUGUCGAGUUCUGCGCUCUAUGAGCAUCGAUUAAAAUGCGCGUUUGAGAAUGGUCGCAAGACACCAUCUGCUUCAAUAAUAAAACAGUCCGAUGAAAUCAGCCCAACACGCUUAUCACCUACUUCUCCCGAUUCUUCUCUAAGUGAGAUGCAGAAAAUAUUGAAAGAAUCCAUUACAUUGCAGAAAACAACGAUGGCUCAAACAUCGAGAGAUCUCCAACGAAUUCAAAAUUUACUUUUAAUUAUCUUUGGACUCUUAAUUGUAAUUUUACUAUGGGACAUGUAUAAACACUUUUUUUCUUUUUCAUCACCCUCAUCAUCGAUCCCACCGCUGUCAAAGCCGGAUCUAUAA